CUUGCAUAACUAUUGCUAACAGUGCUAUAGCGAUUCGGCAACUACGAGUACGAGAUCGUCGAAAACAUUCGUCGGCAUCAAUGACUUGCGGCGUGUUCGAGAUGACAUGCCGUGGCAGCUGUGGGUGGUGGCGGUGAUUGCCUUCUGGGAACGUGCGGCGUUUUGGGGUAUCACAGGCCCAUGGCAAAACUACAUGCAACAUCCCCCUCACUACGAGGAAGGCCAAACACCCGGAGCGCUCGGUCUCGGCCAGGCAAUGGCUACGAGGAUUUAUUGUGCCUUCUAUAUCCUAUACUACACCACUCCAACCUUAUUCGCUAUUCUGGCUGACAGCUGGCUGGGCCACUUCACCACGUUGAUGAUCAGCGUUGCCAUCUACAGUCUUGGUUGUGCAGCACUGACUGUGAGUUCGAUACCCAGCCAACUGGACAAAGGGUGGGGGCUACCUGGUCUCAUCCUCGCAAUGGUACUGAUUGCGCUGGGAGGCGGCGGCUUCCGUGCCAUCAUGGUGCCUUUCAUCGCUGACCAAUACACCGAAGACAAAUCGACCAUUAAGACACUCAAGACCGGCGAAGAAGUUAUCACCGACCGACAACUCACCCUCCAAUACAUCUACAACCUGUACUUCUGGGUGGGAAACUUGGGUUCUUUGUCUUGGUUUUUGACUGUCUAUCUCGAAUUACACACCGGCUUCACGUCAGCGUACUCACUGUGCCUUGGUUUCAUGGUCGUUGCGGCCGUCAUGCUUGUAUUUGGGCAGCGGUGGUACAUCAAGACCCCACACGAAGGCAACGUGCUCCCUGCAGCCACCAAGAUCGUCGUCUGUGCCUGUCGCAACGGCUUCAAAAUGGAUCAUGCUCAGCCCGAGUACCAGCUCGCACACCGCCAGAACACUGUCUCCUGGACCGGUCAGCUUGUCAACGAGGUUACCCGAGGUCUGAAGGCCUGUCGAGUUCUCAUCGCAUUCGUCGUCUUCUACGUCUGUUUUGAUCAGAUGCAGAACAAUUUAAUCUCCCAAGCAGCCGAGAUGGAGACUCAUGGCACCCCGAACGACUUGGUGCCGGCCAUGAAUCAGGCGGGCUGCAUUGUGUUCGCGCCUCUUAUUCAGGAAGUCCUUUAUCCGUUCCUCCACCGCCGACGCAUCUACCUCCGACCUGUCACACGCAUCACUAUUGGCUUCUGUUUUGUUGCUUCAUCCAUGCUGUAUGCUACGACUAUCCAGCAUUUUAUCUACUCUUCUCCCGGUGCCAAGAUCAACGUCUGGAUCCAGGCACCACUCUACAUCCUUCUUGCUAUCGGCGAGGUGUUCGCGAUGGUCACUGCUCUGGAGUACGCCUACGACCACUCGCCCAAAGACAUGAAGGCUGUUGUGCAAGCCGCCAGCCUGCUUAUUGCUGGUGUUGGCUCAACCGUUGCCAUGGCGCUCACACCGGUUGCACACGCCCCGCUAAUGGUCAUUUUCUACGCUUCUCUGACUGGUGCGAUGGUCGUUACUACAGUCAUUUUCUUUGUUAUUUUCCGGCACUACGACCAGCCCACUGUAAAAGACGAGGAGCGCCCGACUUCAUCGCUUGGAGAAACUGCAGCUGGUACCGGUCUUUUGGAUGCAGGUGCAACGAGCGCGGCUGCAUCUCAAAUUGGCUUGCGGCAACAGUCUACCAUCUCAAGUGUUGUACCUAUCACCGACGUCAUUACUGACUUACCAUCGGUCGAUGAAAAGAAGAGGCCCAGUGUUGAGGUAAAAAGUGUUGCCUAGCUUCUGUUUCAUUUCGUCUACCUGUAUAUCAACUUGCAUUUCGCGGCGUCAUACAUGGAUGAGCUCACGCUCCGGUCUCCUACUAUACUACAUCUGUUUUGCUUUUCGUUUCAAAAGUUAAGGGUCAUUCAUAUCUCCCUUCCAUCAUAGCAUAUGCAUACAUACGCAACUGCGCAAGCGGUGUUCAAUCAGUACAUACUAU